CAUCACCACCAUGGCCAUCAAAAACUGCAAAAAGAGAUACACCAGUUCCAUCAAUAUUUUUGUUAAUUACAAAGCGAUCUUCCAUUUUAGCUCUUCUUCCUUGUACUGCAUAUACGGCAACCGAAUCUUCCCUUAAAUCCCAACUAGAGCUUUCAACAUCACCGUUAAAGAACUGUGACUUAUGGAUUCUAGAUUGAGCAGAACGACUUAAAGACAAUCGAAGUUUAUUAACUAGGCUUCGACUCCAAACUUCCACAGCUUGAAUGUAAACAAACACAAUGAUCAUUAAUAAGCCUAAAAGUAAAACUUCAGGUUUGAUGAUGUAUAAUCUAAACAGUCUCCAGAAAUGGUUCAAGUGGGAUGAAUUAAGGGGAAGACCCACCACAAAUUUAGAUAUCAACUUCAUAUGUAUAUUAAAUGAUUGAUAGAAUAUUCGAUCUUCUAACUCAUCUUCCAUAAUUAUUUCGUUUAGAGCAUGUUCUGGUCUACAGUUCUUUUGAUACUUAUCAAUUGGAUUCAAUGAUAACCUGCAUUAAAAAGGAAACUGAAAAAACUUAACGAAAUUAAACUUCAAUUGAAUACUUUUUUGGUAGAAGUAAUUACAGAGGAAAGCUAUAUAACUGAAUUCUGAAAACACAAUACAAGUUCUAUUACAAACGAUUAUUUAAAAUAAUCAUUCUGUAAAUAAAUAAACUCCGCAAUGAUAACAGCUGAUGAAGCAAGUUGUCCUUGUAAGUUUAUAACUUGUAAACAUGGUAGGUUAUAACAGUAUAGACUUCGUACAAAUACUACCAUCCUAAACAAGAAUGAGUGAAAGGAAAUUUUCACGAAGCUUAGUGAAGCCAGGGAUGGCAGCUCAACUUAGAGAAACUGUUUCUCAAGUUGUAAGGGAAAGUACUGCUCAGAACAAAAUUCAUCAUGUAGAACCGCUCGAUUUUGAAACAUAUAUUUUAAAAAAUAAAACUAUAUUACAAAACGAUCCUCAACGAGAAUUGUUGCUUUAUCCUUCUGAUGAUAUAUCUCAAGUUGUGCUUCCUAGAAAAUUUCGGACUGUAUCAUGUAAUAUACCUUCAAUUAAUGAUACACAAGAUUGCUCUCUUUUCACCAAAGAAUGUCUAAAAAAUUAUACUUCCAAUUGGAAUUUGAUUUAUUAUAAGUAUAGUGCCUACUCUGGUAGCUAUUUAGAAUUACCUAAGAUACUAAAGAAUGAAGAGCUAAAGGAUGAAGUAUAUGAAGUGGAUACAGAUGUGGAUCAAAUUGAUGAGGAUGUUUUGGGAAAAUCUGAUGGUGUUACUAAACAAGGUUAUUUAAUGAAAGGUCCAGAAGUUGGGAGUGACAGAAUGUUUUCAAAUAUUGGUUCUAAGUCUUUCAAACGUAGAUACUGCUAUUUAAGGCGUGAAGUUGAUGGGACCUAUAUUUUAGAAUUACAUAAAGAUGAAAAAAAAGGAGAAGCCAAAGUUACUAUUGUGAUGGACUUCUGUAAUGAAGUUGUGAAGAAUACCAAGAGAGGAAAACUAUGUUUUGAACUUCACAUGACUGCUGGUCAUAAAUCAUAUUGUCUUGCUGCUGAAAAUGAACAUGAUCUAAACGAUUGGGUAUCAAAGCUUCAACUUGUUCUGCAGCAUAACAAAUUACAGGAAGAGAAAAGAGCUGGAUCUUUAGAAAGAACUGGUUCUACAUCUUCUCUUCCAACAACUCCUGGGUCAGAUUCUCGAAAUAUGUAUGGAACGUUACGUGGGCUUGAGCAGAGUGUGAAUCCUCAACUUAUGAAGUAUGCCAGAGAAACUGAUACAUCAAUUGCUUUGGCUCGUAGGGACAAUCGAAGAAGACUCUUUUCACUUUAUCCUUUUAUACCACACUCUAAGUCUGUUGGUACCUGUGAAGGCAUUGAACCUUACCGAGAACAUUUUGGACAACGAAUUUUUAUUAGAUGUGUAAGCCUUAGAUUUAGACUCCAAGCACCUUUAACUACUGACAAAGAAGCCCAUUCUCAGUUGGAACCAUACUUUGUGGCUAUAAGUUUGUUUGAUGCUCGUGAGGGAAAGAAAAUAUCUGAAGAUUUAGAAUGGGAAGUAUCUUCUGAAGAAGUUGCUUCUAUGAUAAUUAGGCCUGAAGGUCCUUCAGCAUCAGUAAUUACUCGUGAAUCUGACAUUCCAGAAGGAUGGAUUACAAACCCUUCACAGGGUGUGUUUAGUGUUAGCAAUGCACACAGUGAAGUAUUCCUAGUUGCAAGGAUAGAAAAAAUUCUUCAAGGAAGCAUAGCUGCUGCUGCUGAACCUUAUACUAGGACAGGAAAAGAUCCAAGAUUAGGUCUUAAAGUUCAUCGUACUGCUCAGGCUGCAGCCCAAAGGUUAGGAAAAUACCGAAUGCCUUUUGCUUGGACUGCAAGGCCAUUAUUUAACCUUUAUGGUUCUGAUCCAGAUGUUGUCUCCGAUUUUCCUGGAAUAUAUCGCCAAGAUGCUACAAAAUUAAAAGAUGAAGAACUUCUUAAAUAUCUUACAGACUUUAGAAAACCUGACAAAAUGAGCAAACUUCCACUGAUACCAGGCUGGUUGCAGGUUAAAGUAGAGUCUCUUUCAGAUCUUCCUCAAAAUUGUUUGACUAGUGGUCUAUCACCAUUAAAGCCAUUUCCAGUGCCACCUGCCUGUCCGCCAACUGUUGAAGUAGCUGAACUAUCACCACUUGUGCAUCCAUACGUUUCAUUUUCCAAUCAUCUUUACAUUUAUCCUCAAAGCUUGUCAUUUGAUUCCCAGAAAACUUUUUCUAGAGCUCGAAAUCUUGCUUGUGUAGUUCAAUUAAAGGAUUCAGAUCAAGAUGGAUCUCCACCUAUACCGUGUAUAUAUCGUGGAAGUCGAAGUGAAAAAUUGGUUAGCUGGUCAUGUUGUGCUGUACUACAUCAUACUACUAAUCCUUCAUGGUAUGAUGAAAUAAAACUGCUUCUUCCUGUUUGCAUCACUUCUUCUCAUCAUCUGCUUUUCACUUUUUAUCACAUAUCGAUACAAGGCUCAAAAAAAAGAGACUCUGGAAUAGAAAUUCCUGUUGGAUAUGCCUGGAUUCCACUUUUGGUAAAAAACAGACUAAAUACAGAAGAACAGAGUGUUCCAGUUGCUGCCAACCUACCAUGUGGUUAUCUUUCUGUUCAGCCUUUGGGUCUUGGAAAAGGUUUUGGAGGACCAGAAAUAACAUGGAUUGAUGGACAGAAACCAAUAUUCCAUGUGAAUUUUCGUCUUUCUUCAACUGUUCUUACAAUGGAUCAACAUCUUCACAACUUAUUCACCCAUGCUGAGAAAUUACAACAGCCUAAAGUUUCAUCUUUUUUGCCUCCCGAAACAGAAACCUGUAAAAUAUUGAAGGCUGCUCAUGCUAUGCAACUUUCAUCUGCUGUUUCCUUUCUUCCAACACUAUUGAAUCAACUUUUCUCUUUGCUGGUUACAUCACCUAGUUCAGAAGUAGCAUUGAACAUAAUAAGAAUACUUGUACACCUAGUUUCCAUGGUUAUAGGAUCAGAAAGAGCUGAUGCUCUUAAUACCUAUGUUAAGUUUGUGUUUGUUGGAGAAACAGUCAGUGGAAGAACUGUUCAUGAAGAACUUGCUAAUCAUUUGCCUACCUUGUUGAAUCCUAGUAAUACAGAUUUUCUUUUAGUUAACAAAUUUCUUUCUCAUUCUGGAUUUUUCUUUCAAAUUAUGGUCAAAUCUAUGGCUCAGCAUCUGCUCUCUUCUGGAAGGAUAAAAAUGCAUCGCCAUGAGAGAUUUCAAACUGAAUUUUUGAAUAAGAUUGCCAAUUUACUAAAAGUUUUAACACCGUAUUUAAUAUCAAAAUAUAGAGAAAUGCCACAAGAAACAAAACAACUGAACCAGAGCAUUGCUGAAUUUCUCAAAAGAUGCUUGAGCUUUUUAGACCGAGGAUUUGUUCUUCGUUUAGUUAGCUGGUAUGUGUCAAUAUUUACUGGUGAAGCAAGUUCAUUAUAUAAUCUGAAGUUUGCAUUCAUAAGUAUAAUUUGCUCCCAUGAACAUUAUGUGGCUUUUAAUCUUCCUAUACUUCAUGUUAAAGGUAGAAAUGAUAUUUGCAGUGAGUAUUGGCUAUCAGAUGAAUUUUGCAAACAUCAUUACUUGGCAGGAUUAUUGUUAUCAGAAACAAGAGCAUCUCUUACCCUAGAAUCAAGUGCUCGAAAACUUGCAUUGACAACUUUAAGGGAUCUUAUGGCAAAACAUGAAUUGGACGAUCGUUAUCAAGCUAAGGGACAACUUGCAAGAAUUGCUUCUCUGUAUGUCCCUUGGCUAGGGAUUGUUGUUGAAAAUGUAGAAAGAUUAACAGAAAGACAAUCUUCAUCACCUUCUCCUAGUUCACUUAUUUCGAGUCCUGGAAAAAACAGGUCUCAUCAUCACAGGUUUACUUAUCAUCAAGACAAUGCUUCUGGUAGAGCUUCAUUAAAUCUUCGUGAUUCAACUUAUUUAGUUGCAAUAGCUGGUCAAGCACUAACCAAUGGUGGCUCAAAUAUAAGUAUAGAUUCUGGAGCUUCUACAGUAUCUGGUGAUGGAACAACAAUUUCACAAGAAACAGCUAUACACCGGCAAGGAGAUGUAGUAAACACUAGACAUGCCAGGUCAGUUAGUGGCACUCAAGCAUUGGUCCGUAUUGAAAAACUUCAACCUGCUGAAGUUAAGGAUAUUCUUAUUUGUUUUCUUUUUAUUUUGAAGCAUUUGGCUCAUGAUCAGGUUAUAGCUUGGUGGCACAACUGCACCCAUGAAGAAGUAUUGAAUUUUUUUACUGUAAUACAGCUUUGUUUGCAUGAAUUUAAAUACACUGGUAGAAGACAGAUUGCUGGUUGUAUUACUAAUAAAGGAGGAGCUAAAUCAAUGACUUUACCUGCUCGGAUGCAGCCACCUGAUUUUAUUGUCGAUCCUCCUUCUAAUCAUCUCCCUCUAUCUGGCAGUAACAGUAUAGGUAGGGGUGAAGGACAAUCUUGUAGAGAGGGAGAAUCUAAAUCACUCUAUCAAGCUCUUCUUGAAGCAAAUUUAGCCACAGAAGUUGGCUUGACUGUCUUGGAUAUUCUAGGACUGUAUUGCCUUCAUUUUCGUGAUGUUCUCUUAUCAUCUGGAGGUGAUAACCAUAUUAUGUCAUCUAUUUUUUCUCUCUACCUUUCAUUUCUUCAGGUUGGGCAGAGUGAAACUCUUUUCAGACAUGUUUUUGCUGCCCUUCGAGCUUUCAUCAACAACUUUUCACUUCCUCUUUUUCAAGGAAAUGCGUCAUUAUGUGGUGAAUUAUGUUUGGAAUUACUUCGUUCUUGUAAUUCACGUUUGUCAGCUAUAAGACAAGAGGCUUGUGCUAUUCUUUAUCUCCUAAUGCGAAGUAAUUUUGAAUUUUCUGGACGUAAAGGACUAACUAGGGUUCAUUUGCAGGUUAUUAUCUCUGUAUCUCAACUCCUAGGGGCUAUCGUUGGUCUAAAUAAUGCUAGGUUCCAAGAAUCUCUUUCUCUUAUUAAUAGUUAUGCUACAUCUGAUAAAGUUAUGAAAGGGACUGGCUUUCCUACAGAAGUGAAAGAUUUAACAAAAAGGAUUCGUACUGUUCUGAUGGCUACUGCCCAAAUGAAGGAGCUUCAUCAUGAUCCUGAAAUGCUAACAGAUCUUCAGCAUAGUUUAGCUAAUUCGUAUGCUUCUACUCCUGAGCUCAGGCUAACUUGGUUGCAAACUAUGACUAGAAACCAUAUUUCUCAUUUUAAUUAUUCUGAGGCUGCCUGUUGUCAACUGCAUAUAGCCGCCCUAAUGGCUCAAUAUUUGAAACUCAAAGGUGAACAGUGUUGGGGUGCUGAGGCUUUCGGACCAAUUUCUUCAAACAUUCCAACUGAUGAAACUUCUCUCAAAUUAGAUUCAGGAGUUGUAGACGUACAAUAUACUGAACAAACACUUAUCGAUCAGCUCGAGACAUGUGCUGAGCAUAUCGAACGCUCUGAGAGAUUUGAAACUCUACACCACUUAUACAAUCUUUUACUUCCAAUAUAUGAAAAACGAAAAGACUAUGCUUCUCUUUCAAGAGCUUAUUCCACUCUGGCUCAAGCUAUGGCCAAAGUUACGUCCUCUCAUGGAAAGAGACUGCUCGGAAGGUUUUACAGGGUUGCUUUUUAUGGAGAGGUUUACUUUGACAAAGAGACUGGGGUAGAGUAUGUUUAUAAAGAACCUAAGGUAACAUCACUUUCUGAAAUAUCAGAUAGACUUCUUCAACAGUACUCUCAAAAAUUUGGGCAAGGCAAUGUACGAAUAAUAAUGGAUUCUGCUCCUAUUGUUGAAGCUGAUCUGGAUUCCAAAAUGGCUCAUAUCCAAGUAACCUCUGUUUUACCUUAUUGGGACAAAACUGAAUCUCAUAUAAGAUCAACUGAAUUUGAACAAAACCAUAACGUUAAGACAUUUAUGUUUGAAACUCCAUUUACUAAAGAUGGCAGACCAAGAGGGACGCCAACUGAACAAUACAAGAGAAGGACUGUUCUUACAAGUGAGUAUUGUUUUCCUUAUGUAAAAAAGAGAUUACGAGUUGUUGAGAAAGAAGAAUUUGAACUUACACCUAUUGAAGUUGCUUUGGAUGAAAUGAGACAAAGAGUGGCUGAAUUGGAAGAAGUUGUUUUUCUUCAACCUCCCGAUGCAAAAAAGUUACAGCUUAAACUUCAGGGGAGUGUUUGUGUUCAAGUCAAUGCUGGACCACUUGCAUAUGCAACUGCAUUUUUAGAUCCAUCCAUUUCUCACAAUUUUCCAGAUGAAAAAGUUGAAGAACUUAAGGAUCUAUUCAGGGAAUUCGUGCGAGUUUGUUAUGCUGCACUUCAAUUGAACUCACGAUUAGUUCGAUCUGAUCAGGCUGAAUAUCAAGCAGCUCUUCGGCAAAAUCUUCAAAAAUUAGCAGAAGAGCUAUCAUCCAUGUUUUCUGAAACUCUAUGGCCUCAUACUGAGCUGGGUAGUUUCAAAAGGAAUUCUCAAGCUCUUUUCUCAGCCAUUUCUGGAGCAACUUCAGCAACUAAUUCAAGCUCAGCAUAA